UCCUCGAACCGCUACCAGGAGUUCUGGGACCGUGGUCCAUUGCUGAGGUACAGGUCUGUAGGUGUUUUGCGCAUUUUGAUCCCGGGCCGAUCCGAGUGCUGGCGCGUGGGCUCAGUACACUUGAGCUUGCAUGUAGCACACCAGGAGGACCGGGGGGGGGGGGCUGGGGGCUGAGUGGAAAGCACUGGAACGAGUCAGGACGCGGAGGAUAAAGGCAGUGGCAGGCGGCCGCAACCCAUCAGCCAGGUACGGCCUCUGACUUCGGGCUGCAGCUGGGAACCUGGAGGGCGGAACUGAGCGCCAAGUUCGGGGAUUGCAUCAAGUAGCCCUUCUGCGGAAUGAGAAGUUAUGGAGACCUUGCCCUGAAGAGGCCUGUGCUGGGAGGAGUUAUGAUAGACAGCUGCCUCUCCAGUGUAACAUCGUAAUGUGAGGGCGUGGCCAGGUAAAAAGGAACAGAAGUUCCCCUUUAAUCAUAGCAAGGCCAUACUCAUCUUCACUCUCUUUGCCAUUUUAAUUCACGCCCUUUCCUGACGAGGGAAAUCAGCCAAAGCCCAGGUUCCUCCUUGUUCAGUCUAGAACGUACCAUGGCUGAGACUGGGGAAGAGGAGACAGCAUCAGCAGAAGCCUCGGGGUUCUCAGACUUGAGUGACUCAGAGUUGGUAGAGUUUCUGGACCUGGAAGAUGCCAAAGAAUCAACCGCUUCACUUAGCAAGCCUGGCCCUUCUUCUGAACUCCAUGGGAAGGAUGGCAAACCUAUUAGCUUGCAGAAUUGGAAAAAUGGAUCGGAUGUCUUGUCGCCCAUGGAGAGAUUCCAUUUGAAAUACUUAUAUGUCACUGACCUGUGUACUCAGAACUGGUGUGAAUUGCAAAUGGUGUAUGGAAAGGAACUUCCUGGUUUUUUGACACCUGAGAAGGCAUCCGUUUUGGACACUGGUGCUAGCAUCCAUCUAGCAAAAGAACUAGAACUUCAUGAUCUUGUGACUGUCCCCAUAGCCACUAAAGAAGAUGCUUGGGCAGUUAAGUUUCUGAACAUACUAUCAAUGAUUCCUACCCUGCAGUCAGAAGGGCGCAUCAGAGAGUUUCCUGUGUUUGGGGAAGUAGAGGGCAUAUUUCUUGUUGGAGUGAUUGAUGAGUUGCACUACACAUCCAAGGGGGAACUGGAGCUGGCCGAACUCAAGACACGAAGGCGCCCAGUGCUUCCUCUGUCGGCUCAGAAAAAGAAAGACUAUUUCCAAGUUAGUCUAUAUAAAUAUAUCUUUGAUGCCAUGGUGCAAGGGAAAGUGACUCCUGCAAGCCUAAUCCAUCAUACACAGUUGUGUCUAGACCAGCCACUGGGGCCUCCAGUGCUGAGGCAUGCCCGACAAGGAGGGUUCUCUGUGAGAUCUUUGAGUGACCUCAUGGAACUGGUUUUCUUGUCUCUUACACUGUCUGAUCUCCCAGCUAUUGAUAGCCUAAAACUCGAGUAUGUCCAUCAAGAGACUGCCUCUGUAUUGGGCACAGAGAUUGUAGCCUUUGAAGAGGAAGAAGUGAAAAGCACGGUGCGCCAUUAUGUGGCCUACUGGAUGGGCCACCGAGAUCCUCGAGGUGUUGAUGUAGAAGAGGCAUGGAAGUGUCGCACCUGUGACUAUGCAGACAUCUGUGAGUGGAGGAGGGGCCCAAAGCCAAGAAGUUGAAAUGAAUGGAAGUUGCACUUUGAGAGAUGUUUGAAAUAUACUUGUGUUAAAGGGUCAGUCUCAGCUUGGCGUUCGUGGAUCAGGAAUGGAGAGAUUUGGGAUUGGAGCUUUGAGAUGAAAUGCAAAGAAGACAGAUGUACAUCGUGUCUGCAGCAAAGGGCUCCCUCAGUCAUCACUGUUUUCUCAAGAAAAUUAUUUGACUUUUGAUGUUUUUUAUUUUUGAUGGAUUUUCUUUUACAUUUUUUAUAAUAAAAAUGAAAUGCUCUCUA